AUGAAACAUCCACUUUCAGGCAUCAUCAUUUCACUUUCCCUCUGCCUCUUAUUAUCAUUAGCCAAUCUUACUCUAACUAAAUCAUCACCACAAUGCAAAGCAUGGCUAGUCCAAUCAAUCCCUACAGACAUGCCGCACCUCUCUCAUGUCCCUGGUGUUCUCUCCACUGGGGACGUGUUGCUUUGGUUGGCCAAGAAUUCUACUAAGAGUUUGGAUGUUAUAGCUCAAUACUGGCAGUUAGUGGCAAGUCCUGAUGAUCCUCGUUCGGGGGAUUAUGGUUACUCUAAAGAGGAGAUGAAGAGAUUUGGUGCUGAUCAAGGUUCUGCUGUUUAUAAAGCCAUAGAGGAUUCUGCCCUUAGAAAUGUUAGUAUCAGGUUAUUACAACACUCAGGUGUUUAUCCUGACUAUACAAAAGAACCAACUGAGCUUGCUUCAGGAAGGCCAAAUGUGAAGAGUAUGACUUUGUUACUGAGCAAAUGGUGGGGGUCAGGCAUAGUUCAUACCAAAGUUUGGAUAUCAGACCGAAAAGAUGUGUAUAUUGGAUCUGCAAAUAAUGAUUGGAAAUCUCUCACUCAGGUUAAGGAGGUUGAAAUUUAUCUAGUUGAUUGUCCGAAAAUAGCAAAAAAUGUUGAGACCUACUUUGGAAACUUAUGGAAACUUGCCUCUCUUAACUCAUCGGUUUACACAAGAACUGUUUCUGAUCAACAGUGGCAAGUUAAUAGAACGGUUCCAUGCUGGUCGCAUUUCAUCGAUUCUAAAGAAAGAUGCAGGUCACCUCUUCCUCUUUCUGUGGAAGUUCCCCACACUAAAGGCUAUCCUACAUUAUCAGACCCACAGAUGUUCAAAAUUCCAAUAGAAACUCCCGGACACCAUUAUUCAUAUUUGCAGCCUCAACCAAGCUAUUUAUCCUUUGCUCCUCCUGAGCUAUCAUUCGGCAGGUACCAGGCUGAUGAACAGGCAUGGAUUGAUACAAUUAAAUCCGUUGGAACUGGAUCCACGGUUAGGAUUAACACUAUGGAUUGGCUUGGUCAAUCCCAAUAUACUAAGGAAACAGUUUACUGGUCAUCCCUUUCCUCUGCAAUAUCAGAGGUUGUCUUCGCCAAGCAUGCGACAGUGAAGAUACUGGUAGCAUACUGGGCACAUUUUCUCGACGGCACUGAUCAGUAUCUGAAGUCUCUUCUCUACUCUAAUGUCCUCUGCUCUUCCUCCAAGUAUAACAACUGUUCUGGUAAAGUUGAGAUCAAGUACUAUGUGGUUCCAGGUUAUAACCAGACAGGACCUGCCAUUAGCAGCGGGACUAGCACAGGAAAUAUUUAUCCAGGCUUUACCCGGGUCAAUCAUGGAAAAUAUGCAGUUAGUGAUAUACGAGCUCACAUCGGGACGAGCAAUCUUAUAUGGGAUUAUUUUUACACAACAGCUGGUGUCAGUUUCGGGACAUACAACCCUGCCAUUGUUUCACAGCUUCAAGCAAUCUUUGAUGCUGACUGGAAUUCACCAUAUGCUAUUCCAGUAGGAGAGCUAAAUGAAGGUCAUCAUUCUUAUUCGAGCUGA